AUGACCGAGCCAGUCCCCAUCCCAGAGCCGCCGGGCUUGCCCCUCAUUGGCCAUAUAACCUCCAUUGACCAGACCUACCCUUUGGGAUCUUUCAUGGACCUCGCAGAGAAGCACGGCGACAUAUAUCGACUCAGAUUACCAGGCAGAACUGUCGUCGUCUGCUCCAACCAUGCCCUGGUUGACGAGCUCUGCAAUGAGAAGCGCUUCAAGAAGGUGCCAGCUGGCGCCCUGAAGGAGAUCCGAGACGGUGUCCAUGAUGGCCUCUUCACCGCCUAUCUAGAGGAACCGAAUUGGGGCAUAGCCCAUCGCGUGCUGAUGCCGGCCUUUGGCCCUAUCAGCAUAAGAGGCAUGUUCGAUGAGAUGCACGACAUUGCAACUCAAUUGACCAUGAAGUGGGCUCGCUACGGGUCCUCAAACCCGAUCUUGGCGACUGACGACUUUACUCGACUAACCCUGGAUACCCUGGCUCUCUGCGCAAUGGGUUUCCGCUUUAACAGCUUCUACACCCAGGACCUGCAUCCUUUCAUCGACGCCAUGGGUGAUUUCUUGACAGAAUCCGGAGCCAAAACACAGCGCCCGCCGCUGCCUGCUUGGUUCUACAGAAACCAAGAGGAGAAGUUCCGAUCAGACAUUGCAACCCUUCGAAAGACCGCCGAGGAGGUCCUCGAAGAGAGGAAGUCUGGUGAGAGUGACCGUAAGGAUCUCUUAGCCGCCAUGUUGAAGGGGGUCGAUCCAAAGAGCGGGGUCUCUAUGACGGAUCAGUCAAUCAUUGACAACCUCAUCACCUUUUUAAUUGCUGGUCAUGAGACAACGUCUGGACUCUUGUCCUUCACUUUCUACGAGCUUUUGAAGAAUCCGAUAGUAUACAGGAAGGCCCAGGAGGAAGUUGACAGGGUCGUUGGCAAAGGCCCAAUCAAGGUUGAGCACAUGUCAAAACUGCCUUAUAUCUCAGCAAUCCUCCGCGAAACACUCCGCUUGGACUCACCCAUUCCCAUGAUAUCGGUACAGGCUAUCGAAGAUACCUUGCUCGGAGGAAAGUAUCCCGUCCACACUGGCGAGCCUUGCGUCAUGAUGAUCAAGAAAUCACAUACCGAUCCCUUGGUGUACGGUGAAGAUUCUCUUGAAUACAAGCCAGAGCGCAUGAUGGACGAGAACUUUGAGAAGCUCCCCAAGAAUGCAUGGAAACCCUUUGGAAACGGGGUUCGGGGCUGCAUUGGUCGCCCUUUCGCUUGGCAAGAGGCUGUUCUUGUGAUGGUUAUGCUUCUCCAGAAUUUCAACUUUGUCUUGGACGACCCUAACUACAGUCUCCGGCAUAAGCAGACGCUGACGAUCAAGCCUAACGGCUUCUAUAUGCGUGCCAUUCUCAGGGAUGGACUGACACCAACGACACUUGAACGUCGCUUGGCUGGUUUUGGCCCGUCUGACGAGAAGGCGGCCCAAGGGGGACAAACCGAUGCAUCGAAAUCUCACUCAUCGGGCCAAGGAAAGCCCAUUACGAUCCUUUACGGCUCCAACAGCGGUACCUGCGAGGCUAUGGCUCACCGCCUUGCCGCCGAUGCUACCCAGCAUGGAUUCAAGGCCUCGACCGUAGACUGCAUGGACACUGCCAAUGGAAACAUCCCGAAGAAUCAACCUGUCGUGUUUCUCACCGCAUCCUAUGAGGGAGAGCCACCAGAUAAUGCACGCCAUCUGGUCUCGUACCUCGAGAGUAUUGAGGACAAGUCAGCGCUCAAGGAUGUGUCAUACGCCGUUUUCGGUUGUGGUCACCACGAUUGGGCUUCAACAUUCUACCGUAUUCCGAAACUCAUUGACAGCAAGCUCGAGGAAAAUGGUGCUAGCCGACUCGCGGCAACCGGCUUCGCUGACGCUGGUGAUUCUGAUAUGUUCGUGGCUUUCGAGAGCUGGGAGGAUAACGUAUUCUGGCCGGCAUUAGUUAAGCAGUAUGGAACCUCCACUGACACUCAGGCCGCCAAUCAAGGCUCGUCCUUGAAGGUAUCUGUUACCAGCCCCCGCACGUCUGCCCUUCGUGCCGAUGUCCAGCAAGCCGAGGUCAUCGCGACCAAGAUCCUGACAGCCAAUGGUGAACCCGUGAAGAAGCACAUUGAGAUCAAGCUCCCCUCAGACAACACGUAUCGCGCGGGUGACUACCUUGCUGUUCUUCCAAUCAACCCCAAGGAAACCGUUUCGCGGGCCAUGAGGAAGUUUGAACUCCCAUGGGACGCUCAUCUGGAGAUACAGGCAGAUAGCCAAAUCCCCUUGCCUACGAACACUUCUAUCUCAGCCUCAGAUAUUUUCGGUGCAUAUGUGGAGUUGGCCCAGCCUGCGACUAAGAGGAACGUUCUUGCCUUGGCCGAGGCAACUGAAGUUGAAGCCGAUAAGGCAGCCCUCAGGGAUAUUGCGGGAGAGUCCUACGAAAAGGAGGUUUCGGAGAAGCACGUCUCCAUCCUCGAUCUCCUGGAGCGGUAUCCUUCCGUGAAACUGCCACUAGGUUCUUUCCUCGCCAUGCUGCCACCCAUGCGAGUCCGGCAAUACUCUAUCUCCUCGUCGCCUCUCUGGAAGCCCAACAACGUCACAUUAACCUUCUCCCUCUUGGAAGCGCCCUCCAAAUCAGGCCAAGGUUUGCACGUAGGCGUCGCAACUUCGUAUCUUAACAAUCUCCAGGAAGGAGACAAACUACACGUCUCCGUCAGGCAAUCGCAUGCCUCGUUCCACCUCCCGCAGACUAUGGAGCAAACGCCCGUCAUAUGCGUUGCCGCUGGCACAGGCCUGGCCCCCUUCAGGGGCUUCAUCCAGGAGCGGGCUGCUCUGAUCGAGGCCGGACGCAAGGUGGCGCCUCUGGUCCUGUACUACGGGUGCCGCGAACCCGGGCGCGAUGACCUGUACUCCGACGAGAUGGCCGAGUGGGAGAAGAUCGGAGCAGCAACGGUGAAGCGGGCUUACUCCAGAACGCCGGAGAAGAGCGAAGGCAACAAAUAUGUCCAAGAUGCCCUGUGGGCAGACCGAUUGGAGGUCGCCAAGCUAUGGGAUAGUAACGCCAAACUCUUCGUCUGUGGCUCCAAGCGUGUGGGCGCCGGUGUGCAGGAUGUUGCUCUUAGAAUGAAGGAUGCUGGUCUUCGUGCUAGAGGUAAGGAGUGGAGUGAAGAGGAAGUCAAGAAGUGGUGGGAGGAGCUACGUAAUGUACGCUAUGCAACUGAUGUGUUUGAUUGA